CAGUUUGUGUGUGUUCGAAGGAUAGAGAGAGAGGUGCUGUCGUCUUUACUGAUCUCUUGUCUUUAGUAAUUUUUCUCAGAGGUCUUCCACAGUCAUGUCGAGAGCCAUGGAAUCGGGCUCGUUGGCCAUGAUGGCCACCACCCUUUUUUUACGAUUUGGCUUUGCGUUCGCCCUCGGACAGAAUGAUACGGAACCUGUUGUUUUAGAAGGAAAGUGUUUGGUUGUGUGCGACUCGAACCCGUCAGCCGAAGGUGGAGUGACCUCGUCGUUUGGGAUAUCAGUCCGAGCUGCUGGUGCCAAAGUGGCUUUCUCUGCUGUCAGAGGAACUAACCAUGAACCAUCAGAAAUGAGUAACAAAUCAAUGACAAUCUACUUUGAUCAGGUGUUAGUGAACAUUGGAAGUCAUUUCGAUCUCAAGGCGAGUGUCUUUCAAGCUCCGCGGCGAGGCAUUUACAGCUUCAGCUUUCAUGUCGUGAAGGUCUACAACCGACAGACGAUUCAGGUCAAUCUGAUGCACAAUGAAUAUCCAAUAAUAUCAGCGUUUGCCGGUGAUCAAGAUGUGACACGGGAGGCUGCGAGUAACGGAGUCCUGCUUCACUUGGAGCGCGAGGACAGACUCUAUCUCAAACUGGAGAGAGGAAAUCUCAUGGGUGGAUGGAAGUACUCCACUUUCUCUGGCUUCCUUGUUUUCCCUCUUUAGUUUGAUAUACUUUAAAUGGACCAGAUGGAAGACUAAGGGACAUGUCUGUACCCUCGAAAAUAAAGGUAGCAGAGAGAUCAUGGAAUUUGCUUUUAUUUUAUCUUACUGGGAUAAGAUAACGAGUUGUAUGUAUGUGUGUUUAUGAGUUUGGAGAAUGGUUUUCAGAUCUUACUGUAUGUGUUUCAAGGACAUUUUUGCAUUCAAGAGCACAUUUUGCACGAAACGUGUUCUGUUAUGUGCUCGUCAAUGUAUAUUUUGUAUACUAUUGUAUUAAUAUUAUAGCCCUUAUAAGUUUGAUGUGAAAUAUGAGCAAAUUACAAGACAAAUUUCUCCAUACAGUAGUUGUUGUUCUGCUUAAUGCAUUUAGAAGAGCAAUGAUAUCAUGCAUUUUUACAUAACUUGAAUGUGAAUACACCAUGUCAUUAACACGACGAAUGUAGUACUUAAAAUUCUUAACUUGCAAAUUUUGUUUUGCGAGAGGGAAAUAAAAACGCGAGAAAAGAUGAAGAAAUGCAGGGACGCGAUGCGCUGUCCAUGGUGCUGAAAACGAUCCGUCAAACAUUGCCGUCUUCAACAAUUGACACGUAGGCAUCAAAAUCACUUCAAUACAGAGACACAAAGCGCAACAUUCUUGAAACAUUUGUUUUGGAGAAAUACGUCGCCAAAAAUUAAGCACAUCACUUUCAACCCCCACUGAGUGAGACCACACCUUAAAUGGUUUGUUAGCAUCUUUAAAGCUUGACUAUACGAUUUCACAGCUUUUUUACUUUAAAUCAUGUUGUAAAAGUUACAUUUGAGGACAAAUACUUUUUUAAAAUCUUUUAAUUAUGUUGUAUUAUUGUAAAGUCUUUAAAUCAUAUUUAAAGAGAUAGUUCACCAAAAAAAUGAAAUUCUGUCAUGAUUUACUCACCCUCAAGUUGUUCCAAACCUGUAUACUGAGACCAUUGACUACCAUAGUUGAAAUAAUUCUUCUUUCUCUCUAUAUAUAUUUUUUUCUGUUUUACAAAAAAUGAUAUAUUUUGAACAUUUUAAUGGUAGUCAAUGGUGCCUCAGAAAUCUCAGUUGCUAACAUUCUUCCAAAUAUCUUUCUUUGUGUUCAACCAAACGAAGAAAUUUAUUCAGGUUUUGGAACCACUUUAGGGUGAGUAAAUCAUGACAGAUUUUUUUUAUUUUGGUGAACUAUCCCUCUAAAUAUGAUUUAAAGACUUCAAAAUUAAUGAAUAGAAUUAAUUCAAAAUAUUAUAGACACAUUUUGGAACUAUAAUAGACACCAUAUGGAUUUUCUGUAUCUCCACAUUGUGCAGGUUAGUGGCGCAGCAUGUGUCUCACUGUCUUACACAAUGGUGAACUUUAUAGAGUCAUCGUUUAGAGCUUUGUAUAUUUUUCAAAGCAUAGCCAGGAAGCAGCAUGGAAAUUAGAUAAUUUAUUACCAUGGGCACAAUUAAAAACUGUGAAUGCAGCAUUAUUUGGAGGUGAAAUGCAAAUGUGAUGAGGUAUGAGAAUGAUGUGGGUGUAAGUGUUAAACAUCGAGAUAUUCCUUCCAAGAGUGGAUCUUAAAAAGACACUGGCACAGAGCAAGAUCACCUUACGGUGUGAACGAUUUAGGUGUAAUCCGAGAAUAUGAUAUUUCAAAAUUUGAUUGAUUUAUAACCUGCUAUUGAUUUAAAAAUAUUUUUGAAAAUUUCUCUGUCUUGUUUUUCAUCUAUCUGGUUCUUGUCAUUUGAUUUGGCUCGGAAGUAAACGUG